AUGCUCCGUCCAACGACCCUCCGGCCGGUGCUCCGGUCUUCGCCCCGAUGCCAGCAGUGCCUCCGCCGAAGCCUCUUCUCCGGCAAGGGCUCCUCGCGCGUCUCCCAGGACUUUGACCUGAACAAGCUCAAUUCGCAGCGCCGCGACUAUGAGCGCCAUCGCACAAUCUUCCUCGCCGCCGGAGCCACCGCCGGCAUCAUCUCGUUCGUCUACACUGCGUGGAAGCUGAAAAACGCCCUUGCGGAACAGAAAGACAAGCAAAAGGCAAAGGUGGCAGUGAAAUGCGACGCCCCGCCGAUUCCCACAGAGACGUUCAAGACCGAGGCCGGAGAGAAGAGGAAAAUCGUCGUGCAUGACGAAGACGGAAACGUCAUUGUCCCUACGGGCAACAGCGUCGUCCCUGCGUUUCCAAGGACAAUCGACGUCAAGCUGCCGACGGCGAGGGAGGACACUUCGAUUGCGGCGAGCAUCUCGGACAAGCACGGAAGCGAAUACACUCUGGUGGGCUUGGGCGUGCGCACGGUGACGUUUAUCGGCAUCCAGGUCUACAUGGUGGGAUUCUACGUGGCGACGCAGGAUAUUGCGAAGCUGCAGAAGUACCUGGUCAAGAAGAUCAACCCGGGCGCCACGACACUGAUACCCGCCGAAAAGGAUGCCUUGCGAAAGGCCCUCAAGGAUGUGGCAGAGGGUGAGGAGACGUGGGACACCCUCCUGAGGGAAGCCGAGUGCCGCAGCGUGAUGCGCAUCAUCCCGGUGCGAGAUACCGAUUUCCACCACCUCCGCGACGGAUUCGUUCGAUCCAUUGCCGCGCGAUCUCAGCGUGACAAGGCUUACAACGACGAGUCCUUUGGUGUCGCCAUGAAGGACUUCAAGGCGCUCUUCAACCGAGGCUCGGUGCCGAAGAAGCAGGAGCUGCUCCUGUGCCGCGACGAAAAGGGCGUGCUGUCCGUCAUGUUCAACUCGGGCCGAGGCAAGGAUCCCAAGCGGGAGGUCAUGGGCACGGUGGAGGACGAGAGGCUGUCGCGGCUGCUCUGGCUCAACUAUCUGGCCGGCAGCAAGGUGGCGUCGGAGCCGGCGCGGGAGAGCAUCAUCGAGGGCGUCAUGGAGUUUGUGGAGAGGCCGGUGGGAACGGUUGCGACGCAAGUCGUGUAG